AUGAGCUUCUCUCCAAAACUUUCUUUUUCUGUUUUCCUUUUGUUCCAUCUUUGUAUUGUUAUGAAGGCUACCACCCCACCUUCAAGCAAAUGGCUUGAACCAUAUAGAGUCACAAUCACUAACCAAGAUGUUCCAGUUGUUUUGCUGAGAUGUGAUGAUCUUGAUGCUAGUCUACUUAAACCUGGGAAUUCCACUUCUUGGAAAUUCCGUAAAAAUUUUUGGGAUUCAAACAAAUAUGGCUGUCGAUUUUAUUGGGUUGAUGAUAAUUUUGUUCUUCAAAAGCAGGCCGAGUUUACUGUGUUUGAUGACGAAGUCGCGAAUAAGUUAUGUGGUACUGAUGGGUAUAAUAUGAAUAGAUGUUAUUGGUAUAUCACUCGUGAUGGUUUUUAUUAUUCUAAGAACGAUGGUAGCGAUUGGAACCUGUUGCAUGGAUGGAACAACAUAGGAUAG